AUGGCUAAUGCGAGUACUCUGCAGGUCUUUACGCCCCGAAUUGCUGCAGCAGCAAUUUCAAGGAUUCAGAGUAGGCUUGCGCUUUUGCUGGAGUUUCGGUCCAUGAAAAAGCAUAUCGAGCAGUUGCAGGAACAAGUGAAUACCUUAUUUUCCAAUAUCACGGAGCUCUAUCAUAAAUCUGAAUCUACCCCCGUCGAUCCCGGCCAGUUCAGUCGCGAAGCGUCGCGAUCGAUAUCCGGCCAACCCGCCGCGUAUGACAGCCAAAAUACACCACAAGUAAAAUCACGCUCGAAACAUCCGCGAUUUCACGGUCCGACCAGUACGGCGUUCAACUUCGAUGUCGCGAAGUCAAGCUUGCAGACCAUGGGGAUUGCACCGGUGGAUGAUGGUGCACAUGAGCUCUUUACUGCACAAGAUCCAACCCCCGCGCAAACCCCUCCACAACACCUGGCACCCUAUCCCCAUAUGUUCGCCCAUCCUAGCAAGGAUCCACUCUGGGUAAUCAAGCGGGAAGAGGCCGUUCGCUUAUGUCGGAUAUACGAGGAGGAAAUAGGCAUGAUGUAUCCCAUUUUUGAUAUUGAGAAGCUAGUCACACAAACGAAUCUUCUCUUCACAUUCCUGGAAGCUGCUGAUCGGACGGGCUUUGCGAAGAGAUUCAAGCCUGGGGCGGAUUGUUUGAGUGACGAUGAUACAAGUAUAUUAAAAAUGGUGCUUGCUAUUACCCUAACAGUGGAAGGUAGUGGAGAGAGUGCAUUGGGCGCGCGAUUCUAUAAUAGCGUGAAACAAAAUGUAGAAUUCAGCAUCUGGGAGCCCGGUGAUAUCAAAACCAUAAAGCUCCUUGCUCUGGUGGCAACCUACCACUUUCAUACAGACAAUGAUGCUCUAGCGUAUCGGUCAAUUGGGAUAGCCGCGCGAAUGUGCCUAGAGAUUGGCCUGCACCGUCGAGAUGCCGUCUUGAAGGCAUUUCAUACCGAUGAAGAAUUAGCUGCUGCGAAUAAGCUAUUUUGGUCCGUUUAUUCCUUGGACCGGCGUUGGAGUGUGGGGACUGGAUUACCUUUCACAAUUCAAGACGAGGAUAUAGAUCCAUAUCUGCCAGAUCCCGACGAUUCUGCUCCCUAUCUCAGAGCUAUGGUUUCAUACUGCCGCCUGAGCUCAAAAGUAUGGUACUCUGGACUUGGCUCCGAGAGCGCUGCAAUUAAAAGGGAUAAGAUUGAGUUCCUGGACUACCAAGUUGUUCAGUGGAUGAAAAAUGUGCCCAAUGGGCUUAAAUUUCACCCAGCUGAUCUGAACACAAACUCUGAAACCGUUAGGGCGGUGAAGCGAUUGCGCCUUCUGUUGCAUAUUCGCGGCAAUCAUUUAAGAAUCCUCAUCUAUCGACCAGUAUUACAUUCAGCAACCAGUAUAAUGGAAAAUAUGUCCUACGCGCGUACUGUUGUGGGCAUAGCUGCCGACACUAUCCGAGUUCUGACUCGACUUAAUCAGACGACAGACAUUUAUCGGUCCCAACAAAUGCUAUUUAAUUACUUUCUCAUCGCUUCACUUGCUGUUUUAUUUCUUGCCGUAUCACAUGCUCCUGUUGAAUUUAAUCGCCAAGUUCGAGAUGAAUUUUAUAUGGCGCUUGAUCUUAUCAAAGGUUUCAGCACCAAAUCUUACGUGGCAAAAAGGCUAUGGAAGAUGAUCAGGGGGCUUCGAGAGAUUGGAGAAAAGCUCGGCCUGUUUCCUCGCCCUCUGGGGCAUGAACCGAGUGACCCGCAUUCAAGCGCCGCCGUUGCUAUGGCUGGACUUGCUGGUCACCCUAUUGAGGUUUUGUCUGCAAACUAUCCUGGAAUGAACGUUAAUGGCGAACUGGGCAACAGUCCUGUCAACGGCCUCCAGAUGAGUAACGAACUAACCAGCCUUUUUGAAGCCAUGGGAUCUUAUGGAACGUAUCUUCACACGACAGGCGCCGAUGGUCUAAAUGGCGAUUUUGUAAAUCAUGAAGGCGAGUUACACCAUAUUUCUGAUGGCUUGCCUGGUGGGUUGGUGAAUGAAGGAGAGUUUUCACGCAUUGUCCGGGACUUAUUUUGA